AUGUCACAAAUCCCGGCCCCUGGAGGCGCGGGCGCCAUUGCCGCUGCUCAGGAUCUCGCACAUCGUGUAGAGCUUAGCAUUUCAGAGAAGACUACGAGUUUCGAAGACAGCUCAAAUGAUUCAACAAAGCAAGGUUCCUUUGAAGACCUGAAACAGCACGAACGAGACGAAAUCACCGAUCUUGCACGGCAGAUAUCCCGCAUUUCCAAUCGCAGUAACACGUAUUCUGGGGAACCAACCAAUUCAUUCCUCAAUCCCGAUGCCGACCCGGAGCUUGAUCCAAAUUCAGAAAGCUUCAAGCAGAAGAAAUGGGUAAAAAAUCUGCUACACAUCACAUCUCGCGACCCGGAGAAAUAUCCUCGGCGAACUGCCGGUGUUACAUUCAGGAAUUUGAUUGCCUAUGGUUACGGGACAGCCGCAGAUUACCAGGGUGAUGUAUUCAAUACUUGGCUCAAAGCGUUUGGUUAUAUCAGGGGUUUGUUGGGAUUGCGAAAGAAAAAGCGUAUUGACAUUUUGCGGGACUUUGAAGGACUAGUGAAGAGCGGCGAGAUGCUUCUUGUUCUCGGUCGGCCUGGCAGUGGUUGUUCGACGUUAUUGCGCACAUUGUGCGGAGAGACGCACGGUCUAUGGCUCGAUGAAGGAACCGAUAUUCAAUACGAAGGAGUCUCCUAUGAAGAAAUUCACAGCCGUUUUCGGGGUGAAGUUAUUUAUCAAGGCGAACAGGACAUUCAUUUCCCCCAAAUGACUGCUGGGGAUACUCUACUCUUUGCUGCCCGUGCACGUACGCCUGCAAAUCGGCUUCCCGGCGUGACCAGAGACCAAUAUGCCACUCACAUGCGUGAUGUCGUGAUGGCAAUGUUUGGCCUGUCCCAUACGAAGAACACCAAAGUCGGAAAUGAGUAUAUACGUGGUGUUUCCGGUGGUGAACGUAAGCGCGUCAGUAUUGCUGAGACAACUCUCUGUGGGAGCCCGCUGCAAUGCUGGGAUAACAGUACUCGUGGCUUGGAUAGUGCUACUGCACUCGAAUUUGUUCGUACUUUGCGGACUUCAACUAGAUAUACCGGCUCUACGGCGAUAGUUGCUAUCUACCAAGCCGGCCAGGCUAUUUAUGAUAUAUUUGACAAAACAAUCGUUCUAUACGAGGGCCGCGAGAUAUACUUCGGUCGUGCUGAUGAUGCAAAACGCUUCUUCGUGGACAUGGGCUUCUACUGUCCUCCACGACAGACCACGGCCGACUUUUUGACGUCCCUCACUAGCCCUGCAGAACGUGAAGUCCGUCCGGGCUUUGAAGGACGCGUGCCCAAUACCCCUGAUGAAUUUGUGGCCCGCUGGCGAGAGAGUACAGAGCGACAAGCUCUAAUUGCGGAGAUCGAGGCCUCCCAGGCCGAACAUCCCUUGGGAGGUGACAAAUAUACGAAGUUCACUGAGUCACGCAAGAUGGAAAAGGCCAAAGGGACUCGUGCCUCAUCUCCGUAUACCCUCACUUACCUCAUGCAAAUUAAGCUUUGCUUUUGGCGAGGUGUCAAACGGUUGCAGGGCGACAUGAGCAACACUCUGGCGGGUGUUAUUGGCAAUAUAGUCAUGUCACUAAUUGUUUCCAGUAUGUUUUACAACCUGCCAGAGGAUACGGACAGCUUUUACCAACGGUCUUCUUUGAUGUUUUUUGCUAUUCUAUUGAAUGCAUUCGCCAGUAUAUUGGAGAUUCAGACAUUGUGGUCUCAACGUCCUGUCGUAGAGAAGCACAAAAAGUACGCUCUCUAUCAUUCGUCUGCCGAAGGUCUGAGCUCCAUCUUCGUCGACUUGCCUGCGAAAGUUGCUACAGCCAUCGCGUUCAACUUGAUUCUUUACUUCAUGACUGGCCUCCGCCGGACCCCGGGUGCAUUUUUCACAUUCUUCUUGUUUUCAUUCACGACUACUCUAGUUAUGUCAAACAUAUUCCGGUUUAUCGGUUCUCUGUCACGAACACAGGCUCAAGCAAUGGUACCCGCGGGUAUCUUUAUGCUAGCUCUGAUGAUUUAUACGGGAUUCACGAUUCCCAUCCGCGACAUGCAUCCUUGGUUCCGUUGGAUCAACUAUAUAAACCCAAUUGCAUAUGCCUUUGAAAGUCUGAUGGUCAACGAAUUCAGCGAUCGAGAAUGGCGAUGCUCGACUUUUGUUCCAAGUGGGCCAGGCUACAACAACCUGCCCGGCCAAUCUUUCAUCUGCAGCGCAACUGGUUCAGUGACAGGAGACACCACGGUCAAUGGAAACGAUUACUUGGCGCUCACUUACCAAUACUCGCGUAGUCACCUUUGGCGCAACUUUGGUAUCUUGCUUGGAUUCUUCUUCUUCUUCCUGGGAUUGGUCAUCAUUGCUACCGAACACGUUACUGCGAAGCCAUCGAAAGGUGAAAUCUUGGUAUUUCCGCGUGGUAAAAUCCCAGCCUUUACCAAAGAGAAAGGAGGGAAUGAAGAUCCAGAGGCUUACUCGAAAAAUGUUCAAACCGGCGUUGAGGAUAGCGGAGUUGACGAGACUGCUGCUAUUGUUAGACAGACAUCUAUCUUUCACUGGCAGGAUGUAUGCUAUGACAUCAAAAUCAAGGGUGAGCCACGGAGGAUUCUUGAUAACGUCGACGGAUGGGUGAAACCUGGCACCCUUACAGCGCUCAUGGGUGUAAGUGGUGCAGGGAAGACCAGUUUGCUCGAUGUUUUGGCCAACCGCGUCACCGUAGGCGUUGUCACAGGCCAGAUGCUUGUCGACGGUCAUCUACGUGACUCUUCUUUUCAACGAAAGACUGGGUAUGUGCAACAACAGGAUCUUCAUCUUGAGACUUCAACAGUGAGAGAGGCACUACGAUUUAGUGCUCUUCUUCGUCAGCCCCAAUCCGUUUCUAAAGAGGAAAAGUACGCGUAUGUUGAAGAGGUUAUCAAGAUGCUGGGUAUGAAUGAAUACGCAGAGGCCGUUGUUGGAGUCCUGGGUGAGGGUCUCAAUGUAGAACAACGCAAGAGAUUGACGAUUGGUGUUGAAAUCGCUGCUAAACCUGAAUUAUUGCUAUUCUUUGAUGAACCCACUUCUGGAUUGGAUAGUCAGACUGCCUGGAGUAUCUGUCAGUUGAUGCGAAAGCUCGCGAACCAUGGGCAAGCAAUUCUAUGCACAAUUCAUCAGCCUUCUGCUAUACUCAUGCAGGAAUUUGACCGUCUUUUGUUUCUAGCCAAGGGAGGUCGAACUAUCUACUUUGGCGAUUUGGGUACCAAUAUGGGCGAGUUAAUCUCCUACUUUGAACGAAAUGGAUCUCCUAAAUGCCCCGAGUCAGCAAAUCCUGCAGAAUGGAUGCUGGAAGUCAUCGGCGCAGCACCUGGAUCUAAGGCGGACAAGGAUUGGGUUGAGGUGUGGAAGAAUAGCUCGGAACGUGCUGCUGUACGUGAAGAACUCGCGACGAUGAAAGCAGACUUGCUGGCCAAGGAUCGCUCCGAGACUUCUCCAACUGCAUGGGCAGAGUUUGCUAUGCCUAUCUGGUACCAGUUUUGCGUGAUUUUACGCCGUAAUUUCCAGCAGUUUUGGCGUACCCCAGACUACAUUUACGCCAAGUUGGUUAUGAGCAUCAUGCCGACACUAUUCAUUGGAUUCUCCUUCUGGCGAGCUGGGACCUCGAUCCAGGGUCUUGAAAAUCAGACAUUCGCUAUCUUCAUGUUUCUCACCAUGUUCCCUAAUCUCAGCCAGCAGAUGAUGCCAUACUUUGCACUACAAAGAUCAUUGUACGAAGUUCGUGAACGUCCUAGUAAGGCAUACUCAUGGAAAGCAUUUAUACUGGCCGCGAUCGUGGUCGAGAUACCAUGGAACCUAUUCAUUGCUGUGCCGGCCUUUCUUGCCUGGUACUAUCCUAUUGGAUUAUACGAGAACGCAGAACCGACGAAUAGUGUGGUCUCUAGAGGUGGCACUAUGUUCUUGAUUAUAUUGCUGUUUAUGCUAUUCACUUCGACUUUUACGAUGAUGGUUAUUGCUGGGAUCGAGGAUGUGGCGGCAGCAGGUCAGAUUUCGCAGCUGCUGUUCUCGCUAUGUCUCGUAUUCUGCGGUGUUCUGGUUACUCCCAAUGCACUUCCCGGUUUCUGGAUUUUCAUGUAUCGGGUUUCGCCGUUCACCUACAUGGUGAGCGCUGUGCUGUCGGUCGGCCUAGCACAGACAGCUGUUCAAUGCUCUUCCAUAGAGCUAUUGAGCCUAGCACCCCCUAACGCCGGAGAGACCUGUCAGUCAUUUCUAGGAUCAUACGUCUCUUCCGCUGGCGGACAACUAAUGAACCCAAACGCGACGAGUAACUGUGAAUACUGUUCGUUGGCAACAACGGAUGAAUUCCUUGCGGCCGAAGGUAUCUAUUUUAGUGAUCGUUGGCGCAACAUAGGCAUUUUAUUUGCUUAUUGUGGAUUUAAUAUUUUGGCUGCUGUUUUCUUGUACUGGCUCGCUCGCGUCCCCAAGGGAAAUAGGGUUAAGGAAGUCCCCGAUGCGAGAAAUGCGCCACUUGCACAGUCAGAGAGUGCGAAGGAGCUAAAAGAAGGGAAAUAG